AGAGGCCGGGCCAAGAUGGCGGAGGGGGUGCUGAGCCCCGGGGUGAACCUGGAGGCCUUUUCUCAGGCCAUCGCCGCCAUCCAGGCGCUGCGCUCCAGCGUGACCCGCGUCUUCGACUGCCUGAAGGAUGGGAUGCGGAACAAGGAGACCCUGGAGGGCCGCGAGAAGGGCUUCGUGGCCGCCUUCCAGGAGAGCCUGCACUCCGUCAGCCGCGACCUGGGUGAACUGGAGCGUCUGAGCAACCUAGUUGGCAAACCAUCUGAGAACCACCCCCUGCACAACAGUGGACUACUGAGUCUAGAUCCUGUUCAGGACAAAACACCUCUUUACAGCCAACUUCUUCAAGCCUACAAAUGGUCAAAUAAGUUGCAGUACCACGCCGGGCUUGCAUCUGGCCUUUUGAAUCAGCAAUCUUUGAAACGUUCUGCCAACCAGAUGGGAGUAUCUGCAAAACGAAGACCAAAAGCCCAGCCAACAACUCUUGUCUUACCUCCUCAAUACGUUGAUGAUGUGAUCAAUCGGAUUGAUAGGAUGUUCCCUGAAAUGUCUAUCCAGCUGUCCCGGCCAAAUGGAACCUCUGCAAUGCUUCUGGUUACCUUAGGAAAAGUGUUAAAAGUGAUCAUGGUGAUGAGGAGCCUCUUCAUUGACCGGACAAUAGUGAAGGGCUACAAUGAAAACGUCUACACUGAAGAUGGCAAGCUUGACAUAUGGUCUAAAUCCAACUAUCAAGUUUUUCAGAAGGUGACAGAUCAUGCGACCACUGCUCUGUUGCACUACCAGCUGCCUCAAAUGCCAGAUGUGGUGGUCAGAUCUUUCAUGACCUGGUUAAGAAGUUACAUAAAGCUGUUCCAGGCUCCGUGCCAGCGCUGCGGGAAGUUUCUGCAGGAUGGUCUGCCCCCCACCUGGAGGGAUUUCCGAACCCUUGAAGCUUUUCAUGACACUUGCAGGCAAUAG